CCAUGAGGACCAAGCACGUGAACGCGCUGAUCGCCCUGGCCGCCGUCAUGCUCUUAAGCUUUUCCUGCUUUUGCAUCUCCAGGAUGACUCGAAUCAGUAAUCAAUUAAUUAAUUGUAGAAACCAUAUUUUGGAGUUUAAGGAAAAAAUGCUACAUUUAAAAAACAAAACUGAAAGAAACCACCAAGAACUGACCAAAGCCUUGAGUAAAAUGAAGUAUGAAAUGACACAGAGAAAAAAUAUGUCCAUAAACUUAGUUGAGAAGAAAAUGAAUACAUUGGGUAAGAAUGAAACAACAUCUAAUACAUUUGAAAUCCUAAAGUUCUUUUUUCCUCAUCUAAGGAAAGUAGACAGAAUUUAUCCUGAUGUAAUCAUUGGCAAAGAGAAAACAGGUGUCUCUUUCGCACUGGGCAUUUCCACUGUUAACAGAGGAAAUCAAAGUUACCUGAAGCAAACACUGAAUUCUCUCGUCUCCAGGAUGACUCCUUCAGAAGAGAAGGACUCUGUGGUGAUUGUCUCUGUCUCAGAUAGAAAUGAAGAUUAUUUAAAAUCUGUUGUUGGCAUGAUUACAAAAAGAUUCAAAAGGCAACUAAGGUCUGGAUCCUUAGAAAUCAUUUCAAUACCUGCCUUUUUUUAUCCAAACAUAUCACAUGUCAAGGAGUCAACUGACGACUCAGGAAAGUCAGAGAGUAAGUGCAUCAAACAAGUACUGGAUUUUUGUUUUUUGAUGCUGUAUGCCCAACCCAAGGCCAUGUAUUAUUUACAGCUAGAAGAUGAUAUCAUAGCUAAAAAGAUGUACUUUACAAAAAUCACAGAUUUUGUGCAUAAUAUCACUUCAAAAAAUUGGUUUUAUAUUGAGUUUUCAAUUCUUGGAUUCAUAGGAAAGCUGUUUAAAUCUCAGGACUUACCUGACUUUGUACGUUUUUUUUUAAUGUUCUAUAAAGAUAAACCCAUAGACUUGCUCUUGAGGGACAUUUUUCAGGUAAAGAUGUGUAACCCAGGAGAAAAUCCCGAAAAAUGCGCAGAACGAAAUAAGCAAAUUCGUAUUCGAUAUAAACCUUCUCUUUUCCAGCAUGUGGGUAUACAGUCAUCAUUCCCUGGAAUAGAACAAUACUCCAAAGAUAUUUAUUAUUAGGAGUUUCAUAAUUCAAAUACCUUCUUUAAAAAUGAUCAGCAUCAUUCUUUGGAAAAAACGUCAUAAUAAGGAUUAGUCUUAGUUCUCAACUUUCUUCAUAGUGGAUAAAAGGACUAUAUCAUAUAAAAAAAUUUAAGCCUUUGAUAAUAUAGUGAAAAUAAGAUAAGCAUAACAAGAAAAAACUCUGUAAUACCUUGGAACCUCAUCUUUCAGAAAUGAUAAUAAUGAAAAUGCAAAAUUGUAUAGAAGAGGAGAAAACAAUAAACAAACUACUAGGCUUGAAAGUAUUAACUACCUCUUAUGUCAAGAAAAAUUAGAAUAUUUGUUUAUGAUGUUUGUACCAUUACUAUUACAAUUUAGUUUAAAAAUAGUAAAGGCAGGUAAGUUUUUGAAAUUAAGAAAUGCAUUUUGUUGACUUAGAUAGUGAUGCUAUCACAUAAUCUCAAUAAAUAGCUACAAGUUUAGAAGCUUGUCAUUGUCACAGACAGGUUCUGUGUAAAUUGGCAAAUGUUCUUACCCAUUUUGUAGGACAUCUAAAGUAAUAGAAAGCACAAUAUAAGCAA